AUGUCUCUGGCUGAUCCAGCAGAAACAAGUGUAGAUGAGCACCUCCCCUGUGUGGCCUUAGGACCCAGGAGGAGGUCUGCAGAAUGCACGGGAACCCAGGACGCAGGUGACUGUUCAAGAGGCAGCCCCAGUCACGCUUCUGGUAGGAGUGUGGAUUACAGCAGAUCUCAGUGUUCCUGCAGAAGUUUAAGUUCUCCCUGUGAUUAUUCAGAAGACUUUCUCACUGAAUGUUCUGAAACAGCUCGUAAUAGAAAUUAUUUAGAGAAGACUAUGAUAAGAGAAAAAAAGAAUGAGAAGAAAACGUAUAAUGUCUCUAAAGUCUCCCAACCUAAAGGCCGGAAGGAGAUCUCAAUUGAAAGAAAGCACAACUGGAAUGCGCCACUUUUAAAUGCUGAGAACAAUGUGAUUGCCCAAAGAAGAGAUGCUGUGACUCAUCGCAUCCUCUCAGCAAGGCUCCAGAAGAUUAAAGAGCUCAAAAACGAACUAUGCGAUAUACGUCGUAAAUUGGAAGCCACGGUCAUAGAAAACCAAUUUUUGAAACAUCUUCAGCUUAGGCACUUGAAAGCAAUAGGGAAAUAUGAGAAUUCACAAAAUAAUCUACCUCAAAUUAUGGUAAAACAUCAGAAUGAAGUAAAAAACUUAAGGCAGCUACUUAGGAAAUCCCAGGAAAAGGAAAGAAGCGCAUCCAGGAAACUUCGAGAAACCGACAGUGAGCUGCUGAAGACUAAAGACUCCUUGCAGGAGCUGCAGAGGCUUUCUGAAGACAAAAAUCUUGCAGAGAGGGAAGAACUCACUCAAAAAUUGUCUGUUCUCACAACGAAAACAGAGGCAAACAACAAAAAAAUACAGAGCUUGGAAAAACAGUUGAGGCUGAACAAUAGAGUCUUUAAUCGGCAGUUGGCCACUGAGAACCGGAAGACGUUAGCAGCCCAGGGAGCUACAAAGACUCUGCAAAUGGAAAUAAAACGCCUUCAACAAAAACUUAAGGAGAAGGACCGAGAGCUUGAAAUCAGGAACAUCUAUGCGAAUCGGAUACUUAAAAAUUUACAUGACAAAGAUUAUCCGACAGUUUCUUCAACAAAAUCCGUACAAGCAGACAGAAGUUUUUUGUUUACAAGCAUGAAACACCAGGAAACCCAAAAAUCAGAUGUUCCAUCUUUGACAACUAAGGGUAAAAAGACAACUGGAAACGUUGGUCAUAAAGAAAAAUCCACCAGAAUGACCUGUGCGGUUCCUCCCUGUAUCAGCAAACUACCAAACCAAGAGGAGUCCAAGAAAAAAUACGAAGAUUUAUCAAAGGAAGAGGACCAUUUGGAAGUACGAGCACCUCCAGAGAACCCUGAGAGGCAAAGGGAGAAAAAAGAUCAAGAGAAGAAAACCACUUUAGUGCCCGAAGAACAAGAAGUGCCACCAAAGAGAAUUCAAGAGACUCACCCUGACAGGGAGGACACGCGGGAAGACGACGCAGUGAAGGAAGAGUUCAGAAGUCUGCAAGUCAGUGACGCGGGUGAGGGGCCCAAGAAAAACGCAGCUGCAAACGUCAAAAUACCCUUCCGGCAGAGAAAGCAUUACUUGUUCACGGAAGCCACCGAGAACCUGCAUCUGGGCCUGCCCGCGUCAGGGGGGCCGGCCAGCGCAGGCAAGGCCCACGGGCUCGCGGAGGGACCGAAACCAGAACGUUCUGUGAGCGGGUACGAACCCUCUUUCGGCAAGUCUUCCCGACCCAAAGCAAAAGACACUUUCAGCGAGAAGAAAAGCAGUCUCAUGGAGGAACUGUUCGGGUCAGGCUGUGCCUUUAAACAUGACCCGACCAGCACGGCUGCCCCCAGGGGGGCCGAGGAGACCGCAGAAGGCAUGGCGCACCAUCCGCCUCCCGGUCAGGCCUCGGCCAGCAAUGCUUUUGGAGAUUCUAAAGUAACUGUGGUAAACUCCAAGUCGUCUUCGCCCACCGAAGAGAAAAGGAAAAUAAUUAUUUAA